AUGUUCCAAAUCAGUAAAGAUCCUUUCGCGUCGCCCGGAGACGCUUUGGGUCUGGCGCAUGAGGAGGAGUGUGGAGCGCGGAGGACCGGGCCGGGUUUAAUAGCGUCUUGUGCGUCCUCCGCGUCUCCAUGGCAACCGCCCCAGUCAGUGUGUCCCAAACGGCAGCCCGCGGACCGAGCGCUCGAGCUCAACUCAGGACGACACGACGCAAGGUUCUCUACGGCAGGUUCGGGUCGAUAUUCGGGGUGUGGAGCGAUUGUGUCUCGGUGUGGAGCGACUGUGUCCCGGUGUGGAGGCUCGGAUUAUCGUGGGGGCGUCAUGGAGGAGCUGAAGCGGCAGAUUAUGAUAAACCAGUUCGUGUUGACGGCAGGAUGUGGAGCCGACCAGGCGCUGCAGUGUCUCCAAGCGGCCCACUGGCAGUUCGAGGCUCGAAGUCCAUAA